AUGUCCGGGGAACACCCCUCCCUGUGGGAGCCACCAGGCCCCCGAUCAUCUGGGAAUGAACUUGUCUCUUGCUCUCCCAGAACAGAGACAGCCCUCUUCCGGUCCUCGGCAAGCCUGGGGACAGUGGUCGUGCCUCUCUGUUCUUUACUCCCCCUGGGGAGACCCCACAGGGGUCCUCCGGCCCCCAUCGUGAAGGGCGGGAGGUACAGAGCUCAAGCUUCUGGUCAAGACAGUGUCACAAGUUGUUGCUUUGGGGCAGGACCCUCACCCCUGAUCCCUGACCCGAUGCUCAGCAGUCCUAAUAAAACGGAAAAAGGAAUUCUAAACACAUGGAGCCACCCUGACCCCCCAAAGAUAAACAUCCCCGUGUUCCAGAAAGCAGACAGAAACUGCGCAGUCAGAGGCGGGAAGCCACGGGCCUGUUGGACUCCUGGUCUUGUUGGGACUUUCCUGUUCGUCAGAGGCAGAAAGGCUGCUCCCGUUGCUAUGGCCACAUAA